CUGGUUCUGGCACUGGUGGCUGGAGCUCUCACUCUGGUAAAGGGAGGUUCAGGGUCUGGAUGCACACUGCAGGGGAGCCCCAGACCUGCUUCUUUAUCUCAGCCUGGGGACUUCGUGAUCGGAGGUGUUUUUACCAUCCACAACUAUGUGAACACACCUGAAAACAACUACACCAGCCGACCCAAAGCACCAAGCUGUACAGGGAGUUUGGAUUACCGGGAAGUACGCUUUGCUAGAACCAUGGUUUUUGCCAUUAAGGAGAUCAACAACAGUUCAGAGCUCCUGCCAGGUGUAACUCUGGGCUACCAGAUCCAUGACUCCUGCUCUUUUGUGCCAGUGGCAGUGAAGGUGAUAUUCCAGCUUGCCAAUGGCAUUGAACCGGUCUUCUUUCAAAACCAAUCCUGCUCAAAGUCUGCCACUGUCCACGCUGUUGUGGGCGAGUCUAGCUCCACUCCAUCUAUUGCCAUGUCCCGAAUUCUUGGACCCUUUGGCAUCCCCCAGGUGAGCCAUUUUGCCACCUGUGCUUGUCUGAGUGACAAGCUGCAGUUCCCCACCUUCUCCAGAACUAUUCCCAGUGACUACUUCCAGGCAGCUGCCCUGGCUAGGCUAGUCAAGCAUUUUGGCUGGAUGUGGAUUGGAGCAGUGCGGAGUGACUCAGACUACGGGAACAAUGGGAUGGCCGCCUUCCUGCAGGCAGCGCAGGCAGAGGGCAUCUGUGUGGAGUACUCCGAGGCAUUCUACAGGACCAACCCCCGUGCAAAAGUGCAACGUGUGGCAGAGGUCAUCCGCAGGUCCACAGCCCGCGUUAUUGUGGCAUUCAUUGCCUCAGGUGACUUGUUGGUCUUGCUGUCAGAGCUGGAAGGCAAGGCACUGCCCCCACUACAGUGGAUUGGGAGUGAGGCCUGGGUCACUGAUCGGAAGAUGCUGCGGUUCCGUCUAUUCGCCGGAGCCAUUGGCUUCGGCAUCCGCCGCUCAGUCAUUCCGGGGCUGCGAGACUUCCUGCUGGACCUGGAGCCGGCACAAGUUUCCAACUCACCCCUCCUUACUGAGUUCUGGGAGAGUGCUUUUGGCUGCAGCCUGGGGGGAAUUCAGACUGCACCAGGUCGGAAACCAUGUGAUGGAAAACAGAAUCUGCGAGACCUGCAGAAUCCCUACACAGACACAUCCCAGCUACGCAUCUCUAACAUGGUAUACAAGGCUGUGUAUGCAAUAGCCCACGCCAUGCACAGCAUCAUCUGCACAGAAGAAUCAAACACUCCACCCCACUGCAACGCUAGUAUCCAAAUUGAGCCAUGGCAGGUCACAGAGUACUUGAGAAAAGUGAACUUCACCAGGAAUGGGUACAAAGUCUCUUUCGAUUCCAAUGGAGAUCCAGUGGCUAUUUAUGAGUUGGUGAACUGGCAGGUGAAGGAUGGGCACAUGCAGUUUGUGACCGUGGGCCACUAUGAUGCAUCCGCUCCAGAUGGACAAGUGUUCUUCAUGAAGAAGAACAUUACCUGGGCAGGUGGCCAACUACAGGUGCCUGUGUCAGUGUGCAGUGAGAGCUGUCCCCCAGGUACUCGGAAGGCUGUGCAGAGAGGAAGGCCAGUCUGCUGCUAUGACUGUGUGCCCUGUGCUGAGGGAGAAAUCAGCAAUGCUACAGAUUCCCUGGACUGCAUCACCUGUUCAGCUGAUUACUGGUCAAAUGCUGAGAAGGAUGAAUGUGUACCCAAGCCUGUUGAGUUCUUGUCCUUCCAUGAGGUUCUGGGGAUCAUCCUGGCAGCAUGUUCAGUGAUUGGGGCCUGCAUGUCCGUCAUGGUGGCGGCUGUGUUUUAUAGACACAGGGACACUCCUAUUGUGAAAGCCAACAACUCAGAGCUGAGCUUCCUGCUGGUCUUUUCAUUGAAACUGUGUUUCCUUUGCUCUCUUACCUUCAUCGGCCGGCCAUCUGCAUGGUCCUGUAUGCUGCGCCACACUGCGUUUGGGAUCACCUUUGUCCUCUGCAUCUCUUGUGUUCUGGGGAAAACAAUAGUGGUAUUAAUGGCCUUCAGGGCUACACUUCCAGGCAGUAAUGUCAUGAAGUGGUUUGGGCCUCUCCAGCAGAGACUAAGUAUUGUUGCUUUCACUCUUAUACAGGUCCUUAUUUGUGUGCUUUGGUUAACAGUAUCCCCUCCUUUCCCCAACAAGAACAUGAAGCACUACAAAGAAAAGAUCAUUCUAGAAUGUGAUGUAGGAUCAGCAGUGUGGUUCUGGGCUGUACUGGGUUACAUUGGACUCCUCUCUAUAUUGUGUUUUCUUUUAGCCUUUCUGGCUCGUAAGUUGCCUGACAACUUCAAUGAAGCAAAAUUAAUCACAUUCAGCAUGCUCAUAUUCUGUGCAGUCUGGAUCACCUUUAUACCAGCUUAUGUCAGCUCACCUGGAAAGUUCACAGUAGCUGUGGAGAUCUUUGCUAUUUUAGCUUCCAGCUUUGGUCUGAUCAUUUGCAUUUUUGCCCCUAAAUGUUUCAUAAUAUUGUUUCGGCCUGAGCAAAACACCAAAAAGCACAUGAUGGGGAAAAUGCCAUCAAAAUCUCUCUGA